AUGACACAAUCUUAUACAACCCAGACUAUACCGUUUAGCUUUUCACCCCGCAAUGAUCACCAGGGCCUGACUUCGGCACCGUCAUCCCCAUCAUCACCAUCAUCACCUUCUGAUCCAAUAAAGUCCCCUGAAAAUGAAACCAUAUCGCAAAAAGUAUCUCCGAUAAUCAAUUGUAUGCUAGCCGGUGGACUAGGAGGAGUUGUUGGUGACUCUUCAAUGCAUUCAUUAGACACGGUCAAGACUCGACAACAAGGAUUGCUGUUCAAUCCAAAGUAUAAGAAUAUGAUUCCAGCGUACCUCACCAUUUUUAAGGAAGAAGGAUUUUUCCGAGGUCUCUAUGGAGGUUAUACACCUGCUAUUCUUGGGUCUUUACCUUCUACAGCGGCAUUUUUUGGUACUUAUGAAUAUACUAAGAGAAGAUUUAUCAAUGAUUAUAAUAUGAAUGAAACUGUGUCGUACUUUAUUGCAGGGGUAUUAGGUGAUAUGGCAUCUAGUAUAUUCUAUGUUCCUUCUGAAGUUUUGAAAACAAGAUUACAAUUACAAGGUAAGUAUAAUAACCCUUACACUAAAGGAUGUGGUUAUAAUUAUAAAGGUUUAGGAAAUGCAAUCACCACUAUAUUCAAAACUGAAGGUACUUCUACAUUUGCUUUUGGGUAUAAAGAAACCCUCUUUAGAGAUUUACCGUUUAGUGCACUUCAAUUUGCAUUUUAUGAACGUUUCAGACAAUUGGCAAUCUAUUAUAAUCAAUCUAGUGACUUGGCUAUUCCUUUGGAAUUGUUUGUUGGGGCCGCUGCUGGUGGUGUUGCCGGGACUUUAACAACUCCUUUGGAUGUGAUCAAAACUCGUAUUCAAACUGCUACUGUAGACUCGUCUGCUGGUAAUAGUAGUAUACCACAAACUCAAAAUGUGAAAACAACCACUAAUUUCAUUACCAAAUUACUAAAUAAAUCCUCCACCAUUAAAGCCCUAGGUUCCAUUUACAAAAAUGAAGGUAUCUUAGGAAUGUUUUCCGGAGUCGGUCCUCGUUUCAUUUGGACUGGUAUACAGAGCUCCAUAAUGUUGUUAUUGUAUCAAGUUUCCUUGAAAAAAUUCGAUACCUACUUCCCUGAUGGUAUCGAUUCAUCAGCUUUUUGA